CCGUCACCAUCCAAUCUCACCCACCAAAUUCAGCGGGAAAACCGCCAUUGCUGAGUCAAUGCUCAAUGCUUCUAAGUCUUCAAUGCCGCAACAAGAAGCGCCACCACAAAGUACAUAGUAACUCUUUUUCUCGAAUCCACAGAGUGAGACUCAUCGUGUGAACAACGAUAACGGCAUGUUUGAGCGUACUUGAAAAAUUUGAGCGGCCAUGGACGAAACCGCCGUAACGACGAAGCCUGAUUGGCUCAACAACCGCGCGAAGGUCGCCGGUGAGAGAACCGAAGAAUUUUUCUGUGGCGGCGACGACGAAGAGGAAUGCGACGACGAGGCUUGGGACAUGUUGACUCGGAGCUUCUGGCAGGCGCAGACUGUGCUGGACGAGAACCGUGCGCUGAUCGACGAAGUGAACAGCAACCACGAAUCGAAGAUUCCUGACAACAUGGCGAAGAACGUUGGCCUCAUUACUCAGAUCCACGGUAACAUCUCCAAGGUUCGCUCUAUUUACUCCGAUUUAUCUGUAAAUUUCCCCAACAUUAUUCGCCAGCGCGGCGUCGCCGCCGUCAACCACCGCAAUCGCGACGGCGACGUCGAAGAGGAUGAAGAUGAGGCGGAGAACUCGGAGGAGAAUUCCGCGGAGCACGUGCUGGAGAAAUCGGAGAUGGUUGAAUUGAUGGCUGUGGGAAUGCGUAGCACAUUAUCCGCCCACAGAUAUUAGGGAGGUCCUGUGGAACUGGGAAGUAGGGAAGGGAAAGGGGACAGGACAGGGAUUGAACCUGUGCGUUGUGUUCGCCAUGGUAAAGAUUGAAACCGCAAGUGCCAUGUGAGCUAUUAGCUCACUGUCUCAAGCCUGCAGCCUACUUUGUUAUUGUUGUUAUUAUUCUCUAUUCUAAUAUGUUGAUGAUGGGUAGGUAGUUCUCGAGUUUAUUGGUUGUUUAAGUUGAUGAGAAUUCAGAAUUCAUAUGUAUGAAGAGCUUUAAUGCAAGCAAAUCCAGUAGAAGCUAGUUUACUUGGAGGUUUCUGUUAACUGAAUAAUGGUCUUUGUUUUAAAUGAUCUGCUUCUGAUCUUUAAUUUGAAACUCAGACCUACCCACCGUCGAUGAGUUUCCAUCAUAGUGGUGUUGGUUACAUGGAUUAUUCAUCAUUCUCCUCAAUAGAUGUUAUUCUCACUCCUA